AUGGCACGCAAGAAUAAGUCUUCAACGAGGAAGAGAAGUUCCCAAAAGGUUCUUGAUGCAUUUCAAAUCGCUGAACGUGCUGAAAAUAGAUCAGAUGAUGAUUCGUACAAUCGUUCUGGCGAUGAAGAUGACUUAGAAGUCCACGAUGGGAUCAUGGAUGCUAGUAAAUUUUUGGCUAAUAAGAGUAAAGAUGGUGAAGAAUUCAGCGAUGAAGAAUUAGACUCAGAUGAAGCAUUAGGAUCCGAUGACGAUUAUGACGUUUUAACGUCAAAAUUUUCCCAGACCAUUAGAGACAAACAAAAGAAAAAGAAGUUGAAAGAGAAGAAAAGAAAAAGAGGUGAUUACAGUGGCAGUGAUAGUGAGGGAGAAGACGACGAUGAAGGUUAUGCAAGUAUAGACGAAAGCCAAUUAGUUACAUUAUCAGAAGCUUGGGAUAUGGAUGAGAAAGACGCUAAAAGCCUUCAAAAGUCUAACAAUAAGAAUGAACUUGUAUUGGAUGAUGCAUGGGAAUCAGAGUCUUCCGAAGAAGAGAGCGAAGAAGACAGUGAAGAGGACGGUGAUGAUGAAGAAGAUAUCUUUAAGUCUGCAUCUGAAAAUGAAAAUGACGAUGAUGAAGUUGAUUUAGCAAAUACCGUAUCCAAGUUACAAUCGCAAUUAAAAAAGCCAGCCAAAGAAAGAAAAAGGUUGAUUACUGAAACCACUGAUGAAAAUGAAUUUAACUUGCCAACAAAGGGUGCGUCAUUGUCUUUGCAAGAUAUGAUAUCGGCGGUUGAUCCAUCUGUAUCUAAGGAUGCCAUUUUGAUCGAUGGAGAAGAUAACAGCAAACAAAAAGCAUUAGCAACACCACUUCCAAAGCGUAUACAAGAAAGAAAUGAAAGACAAAUCGCUUAUGAGAUCACCAAUGAAGAUAUCAGUAAAUGGGAUGACACCGUCCAACAAAACAGGAAGGCUGAAGUAUUAAAGUUUCCAUUAAAUCCAGAAGUUAAGCAUAAUGAUACUGCAACUACUUUCAGAUCAUCGAAUGAGCCAACCACAGAAUUAGAGAAGAAGAUUCAAGGAAUUCUUAAAGACUCUGCCUUAACUGAUGACAAGAAAGAAGCCACGUUCGAGGAGAUUGCGGCUGCAAACUUAUCGGCAGAAGAGUUGAAGAAGAGAACUAAUGAGUUGAGGUUAAUGAGAGAAUUAAUGUUCCGUGAUGAAAAGAGGGCCAAGCGUAUCAAAAAGAUAAAAUCCAAGACAUAUCAUAAAAUUAAAAAGAAGGAAAGAUUAAGAACUCAAGAAAUGGUUGAGGGAUCUGAUAUGGAAUCUGACAAUGAAGAACAUGAUAUGAAGAGAGCCAAAGAAAGAAUGUUAUUAAAACACAAAACCCAAUCUAAAUGGGCCAAAUCAUUGAUUAAGAGUGGAUUGUCAAAAGAUGCAUCUAACAGAGAUGAGUUAGAAGAAAUGUUAAGACAAGGUGAAAAAUUAAGGUCUAAACAAUUAGGUUAUGAAGAGGGUGAUCAAAGUGACCAGGAAAUUUCUGAUAUAGAGGGUGAAUAUGCCAAGGAUGAUGAAACCAAUGAAGCAGAUGAGAUAAAUAGAAACAAGUUAGGAAAGGGUGUAUUGGCCAUGGACUUUAUGAAAUCGGCUGAUCAACGUCACAAGCAAGAGAACUUGAAAGAAUUAGAGAUGUUAAAGAAAUUAGAAAAUGGUGGUGAUUUAGAUGAAUUUCAAGACGAAGCUACCUCUAUUAAUGUUUCAAAAAAUCAAGGUAGAAGAGUAUAUACUCCAAGUGCAUCCUCAAUGAAAUCCGACAUGAAUGAAAUUAAUCAAAGAACAUUGGAUGAAGUUAGAGAUGAUGAGUCUAACAAUUUGGAGAAUAGAUUAAGUAAGAAAUUUAAAGUGGUGGAUAACUCAAUUUCUAACAAAAAGUCGAACAAGACAACUAAUGAACUUGAAAAAGAGAAGAAACUGCAAGCAUCAGACGAAGCUGAGGAUGUCAAUCCUUGGUUAGCAGAUAAUGAUUCUGAAGAGGCAAUGCAAAAGUCUCGAAAGAUCCAUAAGGUGGACAAGACCUCAUCAAAAUUGUCAAAAUCAGCGCAAAAGAUUGCUAAAAACAAAAAGAGAAGUGCUUCUCAAAGAGAUGAUGAAGACACCAUAAUUGAUAUGCAUGAAACCUUGAAGACCAAAGAUAUCCAUGAUAGCGAUAAUGAAAAUUCUGAUGAUGAAAAUAAAGACGAUGGUCUUAUGUUCAAACAAAAGGAUUUAAUCAAACAGGCAUUUGCUGGUGACGAUGUUGUACGGGAAUUUGAAAAAGAGAAAAGACAAGUCGUCAAGGAUGAAGGUGAUAAAGAAGAAGAUGUGACGUUACCAGGGUGGGGUGAUUGGGCUGGAGGAAAGAAAAAGCCUAAGAAGAAGAUAGUCCGUAAAAUCGAUGGUGUUGUUCAAAAAGAUAAGAGAAAGGAUAAGAAUUUAAAGAACGUUAUCAUUAAUGAAAGGGUGAACAAGAAGAAUUUGAAAUACCAAUCAUCAGGAGUGCCAUUUCCUUAUGAGUCUAGGGAGCAGUACGAAAGAGCCUUAAGAAUGCCCGUGGGUCAAGAGUGGACAUCAAGAGAGACUCAUCAAAAAUUGACCAUGCCUAGAAUCAUUACUAAGCAAGGUACAGUCAUUGAUCCAUUAAAGGCACCUUUCAAAUAG